UUGAGUCAGGUGAGAGUGAAUACAAGACACAGAGCAGGAGCACACUGCAAGCAAACCACUGCCCACCUGUGCUGUGCUUUUAACAGACUCCUGAAAGGGAGGACAUAACAUUAUCAAGAGGAUUGCUGACAGGCUCACAGCUGAUGAUGCAUUUAUAGAGAUAAAGUGAUGAGAAGAUACAAGAGGGAUUGUUAGAAGAGGGAUACACUAAACUAGAGCUCAAGUUAUCAAAACAGUACAUUUGAUAGAGGAAGUGACUGGGAGGGGCCAAAUUCCUGCAAGAUGGAGCCAAGUCCUGUUGUGUGGUACACCCAUGUUGUCCCACUUGAUGCAGACCUGGAAAGGGCAAACUCACAUCCCGAAUGUUCCAUCUGCUUUAACACCUUCGACAAUGUCUUCAAAACACCAAAACAGCUGGAAUGCACCCACACCUUCUGCCUCGAGUGCCUUUCCCGGAUCAUGACCACCUCCAUGGACCCCCAAAACUCUAAAAUAUCUUGCCCCUUCUGCCGCCACCCCACAACCAUCCCAAAAAAGGGGCCCCCAGCUCUGACCACCAGCCAGGAGGUGCUUUGUCGUCUGCCCGUCCACCAACAGCAGGAAGAACCUGUAUGGUUGGAUGGGGAGAGGCUGUGCUACCAACGACCAAAAGACAUGCCAGGCAUGCCAGCCUUCUGUAUUUGCAUCGACAUUGGGGCCAAUGCACAUGGUGCUGUUUCUUCUACCCAGACUCGACCACGACUUAGGUUGCUUGAUCGCCUGAUGGACUGGAAACGGUUGACGAUCUUCAUUGUCCUCAUGGUGCUACUCAUGGUAAUAAUUCUGUGGCCCCUGCAGUGCAUCGUCACAACUGGCACCAUGCGUUGUGCACCGCAGCACCCACAGCCACAUUCUACCACAGUAACUUACACGUCAAUACCAAAAGUUUAAGAUACACACAUAUGUACUAGAAUCCUGCAAAUCUGAGACUCAAUACAUAUCCAUCAUGGACAAAGUGAAAUAAAACAGAUCUAGUUUGCUGUUGGACUUUCAAAGACAAAAAAUAGUGAAGAUCUGUGUGUCAGUUUACAGCCAUAAUGCCUUGUGAAGCUUGUUGGGUGCUAAGGGAGACAAAGGGGUAAAGGAUAGCUAACUGCAUGGACUUAUGACAAAGGACAGAGAAGACUUCUUGUAUGUAUUCCAAAAAUGAUUUGUGGAGCAUAUAAAGAUAUGAUCCAGUGACUCAAAUAGCAACUACUAAUAUGGAUUAAAAUUCUAGUAUCCAACAUUUGCAACUUGAAGUAAAGGUGUCAUGUACAUCGAUAAGGAACAAAAUAGUCUUUAUCCUACAGUACAUUUGACUGAGUCAUUUUAUCAUUGCGAAAGUGUCAAAGUCAUUAGCUGACUGCACUGAUUAAAAUACAGCUUUUUACAGGAAUGUUCCAGGUAAGUUGAGUUUAAUCAACAGCAUUUGUGGCAUAAUGUUGAUUACCACAAAUAAUUAUUGCAAUGCUCUUUGUAAAAAUAAACACACGGUUUCAAAAGUAUUGUCACGAGGUGUAAACAUUAUACAUACUAAUAUGAUUUUAGUGUGAUAAAAUUGCUUACUAACAUUAUCUUUGCAAAGUUACAUCCAUUUCCAGGAUUACAGGUUAUUGGAUCUAACUUUAAACAGAUGAGGUAUAUAAGCGAUUUUGACACAUUCAAAUUAUGUUAGCAUGUGUAAAGUUUACAUUUUGUGGCUAGACUUUUGAAAUAAUGUGUAUUUUAGGACUGGCCAAACUCACAGUGCCCUAACCAGAUGUGAUGCGACGCCGUGACAUGCGAUUAAGGUAUCUUUUCCAUGUUAAACAGAGUUUUUUUUCCUAACCAGCCAUGAUAGUGACAUGCGACGAGCAACAGGCAUGGACCCUUUUCACAUAUCCGGCUUGGAGAGCGGAAGUAGAUGCAUAGCAGUUUAAACUUGAAUGGCGGUGAAUGGGAGAACACAGCAAUUGUAAUUUUUACUUACGGUUUGCUCCAACAGCAAAAUAAUAAAAAAAAAUCAACGAUUAUGCUUUCACAGCUUUGCAAAAGAAGAUAAAAAUAUACAGCACUGUAUAACAGCAGAAAGAAGAGAGAACUAGCCCACAUUUUCUGUCACUUCCUCAGCAGCUGUUAAAAGUUUCAUCAUAGCUGUGGUAACACAUUUUUUAAAAGCGUAAUCCAGUGUAAUAUAAAACAAGAACAAUGUUAUACAUUUACACUAAAUACUUUUUAAAUUGGAAAUUGAAAAGUUUGCUACAUUUACGUUGUUUCUCUCUACUUCCCUGUCAUGUGGAGAUCGGCGAAAUAACAACUGGAGUACCGCAUGAACAUAAACAAAGGUCACAGACUGAAUUUGGACAUGUUUUGGAUAACUUUGCACUGCGUAUGUAGAAAGCAUAUGCUCAUUAGCAGCUUCAGUGAGAAAAUUAGUUGCUUUCAAUAAACAGACUGUUCAUCUGUGAUUGCCCUGUUUUCUACUUUUUAUUUUCAAUUCUCCUCUUUUUAGUGUAUGAAUAUCGCAGUGUUGCAGUAUUGCAACUAGUGUAGACAGACAGAUUGCUUGUCGCUGGAAUCUAAUUGCUCACAUCUAGGACAAGGUGUAACUGCAAUUUUUGCAAGUAAAACAACUGCAGUAAAAACAUAAUAAUCAACAUUAUGCCACAAAUGCUGUCAAUUAAGUAUAACUUGUAUUGAACCUGGACAGUUUCUUUAAAAAAGUUUGCUAGAUCCCAUUCACCUACAUUUGUAAAGGUGAUGUAUUACAUUUUUACAAGUUUAUUGACUGAGUAAUCCAAAGAAAACAGAACAUUUUGUACUUUUUUUAUAUAUUGUACUUAAUUGUAUGGCAUUCAGAAUUUUGUAUUUUGUUUACAAAAAAAACUAUUGCUGUGAAAAGCACAAAGAAGUUGUAAAGUUUAAUGUAUAAUGUCAUGGAAUUUUGUAUUUUUAUUGGUGCAAUCUCAAUAAUUCCAGCCGACAAAAACAGGAAAAGCAUACAGGUUAAUGCUGCCUUAAUUUAUCACUUCCUGCCCAUGGACGGUUAAGAGUACACACCUCAGAAUAACUGCCAGAAACCUGAACCCCCACCUCCUACGGCGGUCUUAUGAACAUACUCACACCCACGUAAACUGAUCCACCUAGCCUGAAUGGCCACGUCAAAUCAUUGUUUGAAUUAUUGGCAUCCUACUUCCAGGGUGUUUUAUGAGGAAAAUACAAUUAAAGUUGUUAAAAUGUAAUCUAAAAAGUUAAAUGGUUACAUAGGAGGAGGAAAUUAUAUCUUUUCCAUAUUUGAAGUAUGUCUAAUGCUUGUUUGCAACAAGGUGAACUGAGUCAAAGACAACGUUAGGUGAAAUUUCCCAGUGUAUGCUUUAUUAUUCAACAUCUAAUCUUUUAUCGUCAUUAGAGACGUAUAUCAGCUGUAUUUGCCAGGGCAGAAGGCAUUUUAGGCUGAACUGGUGCAAGAGGGAACACAGUCUUUACCACACGAAAUCAGCACAACACUAUUCAGAUCAAUACUGAUCACCACCAGAAAAAACAUUUGAUUAAAAAAGACCCACUAACAUAGUAUUCAAGUAAAUGUAAAGAGAAGACUUUAAAUUGCGAUUAAGCAAGCUGAUACUGUAGCUUCAUAGGCAACAUCAUUAUUAUUAUUAUUAAUAAUAAUAAUAGUUAAAGCAUUUUAAAAUAAUAUGCAAAAUUUAGCUGUGAAUAUUUCCAUCUAUGUAUUAACAAACAACUGAAAUGUACAAUUUACACCAGAUCAAUAAUUGAGCAAAAACAAGAAAACAACGGAUAUAUAACGCAAAAUACCACAUUAAUGGCAAACACCAAAGACAAAAAAAAAAGUCAAAUAUUUCUAAA